AUGUCAUCCAUAUUGAAUUCUCAUCAAAAUUCCAUCGCUACGCGCAUUACCGCUCAGAGUGCGACUUUACCAAACCAAAAUUCCCUUUCCUCCGCUCCACCAUUGAAAACUCUCCCGCCUCGCCCGAACAUCUCUCAAUUGGAGAAUUUCGCAAUGAGUGCCUUGGCUCCAAGCAUGGCUGUUGUUUUUACUUUACCAUUUGAUACCGUUAAGGUCAGAAUGCAACUGCAGGGUGAAGUGAAGAUAGUAAAGGAUUUCAAUGGAAAAACGAUUCGAGUUGUCGCCGAAAAGGUUUACAGGAACAGUCUCGAUUGCCUAUUGAAAACUUACAAGUUCGAAGGAAUGCGAGGUCUCGAGAAAGGACUUAUGCCUUCUAUUCUAAAAGAAAGCUCUAAAAACGUUUUUCGAUUGGGCCUUUACGAUCCAAUCCUUUCAAUUAUACAUCCUACCGAUGACUCUACUUCUUCGUCUUCUGCACCAGCUUAUAAACGAAUGAUCGCCGGUGGCUUAUGUGGUGCUAUGGGGGCUGUUAGCGCGAAUCCAUUUGAAUUAGUAAAGACUCGUUUGCAAAGUUCAGCCGCAGGUGCCAUUGCUGUCGGUAAUCAGUAUGGAUAUUCUUCAAUAUCAUCCGCUUUCCGUCAUAUCAUGUCUGAAGGUGGUAUCAAAGGUUUCUAUCGUGGAUCAAUGAUUUCCGUGUAUCGAGGAGUUUUGGGAAGUGCUGCAAAUCUUUCUUCCUACACGAUGUUGAAAGAUCAUGCUAAGCGAGAAGGAUUUAAAGACGGUAUUCCUCUUGAUAUGGGGUGCAGCUUAAUAAGCGCAUUUAUAAGCGUUAUUUUCAUGAAUCCUUUGGAUGUCGUGAGGACGCGUUUAUACAAUGCUUCAUCGUCAUCCGAUAAGUCUGUCGCUUCCACCAUGUUGAACAUUAUAAAGAACGAAGGAACAAUUGAAACGGGGAGUAACGCAAAUCCGCCUUGA